UUUGUUUUGUUUUGUUUAACCCAGACCAGCCACUUUUCACUGUCAUCCAUGGAAGGGAUCUUAUUAACCGCCUCAGACUUUGGGGACCUAUGACUCUUUGGCAUGAACCCUUCGGAAAGUUCUUCAGCGGGGAUGGAGCGAUCUUGAUUUCAAUUGUGGAAAGAGAAGGCUGAUCUGUACUUUUCAUGCUGACAAAAAAUAGCUGCUAUGACUUCUCCGGCAACGUGGACAGGGGCCAAGUGAAGCUGAACUGGUCAUGGUCUGUCGUCCAGUGUUCCCUUGUCGCCGGCGAUUUUGUCCCCGGCCCUUCUUGGUGGGCUUGGUGGUGGCAGUUUGUCUCUUCUACCAGACCCUGACCCUCCGAGGGACGAGGAAGCUCACAGCCGCUGUCCCUGGGGCUGCCACGAACACACCCCCCGAAACCCGGGCAAGCAGAUGCAAGAAGGGAUUCUCCCCCGACAGUCAGUGCUUCCUUCCCUCCGGUAAUGCCCAGGAUAUCAGAAAGAUGGAGAGAUCAAUAGAGGCACACUUUGGCAGCCAUGACAGAAGGGCCAUACUCUACAGGCCUCCUUCCUUCAGCAAAAUGGAGCUUCAGCUCCACCAACACAUUCUCACUCAGCAUCGCUAUACGGUUGUCAUCGCUGAAGAAAGGCUCGGUGCUGGCCUUGGGCUGGGGCUGCUAGAAAAAGGUGAUUUGGGCGCAUGGGAUCUGCUCAUUUGCCUGUCUUCUAGGAAAGCUGGUGGAAAACCUUGCAUAUCCAAAGAAGACGUAUGCCAUUUAGGUUUACAUCAAAAGGUAAACAUAUUACCAGAUAUACAGCAUCAGCUUUGCAGAAAAGAAGGAUUAUGCCAAAUAAUUAGAAGAUUUCCAGAACUACGACUUCCGGUGAGCCCUUCUGUAUGUCUGGAUCAGAACGUGCAGUUAAAGCUGAGUACUUCGAGUCACUUUUUAAAAACAGUGAAGCCACAUAUGUGGAAACCAUGGGAUUGGCGACGUGAACAGCUGAAUCAAACGACAGUCCUUGCUCCACAUGAAACAGUCUUCCGAGCUGAAGAAAUAUCUGUGAUUCUUAAAGCGUAUGUGUUGGUGACGUCCUUAACACCUUUGCGUGCAUUCAUUCACUCAACUGGCACAGUUUGGAAUCCACCAAAGAAAAAACGCUUCACUGUCAAGCUGCAAACAUUUUUUGAGACAUUCCUGACAGCCAGUUCACCUCUUCAGGCUUUUGAUAAUAUGAAGGAAGCAAUUAGCAAACUCCUCCUAGCAACUGAAGUAUUCAGCGAAACAUCUACUCUGGGACCAAAGGCCUUCAAUAGAUGCAGAUUAUGUUUUCAACUUUUCACCUUUGACAUUGGUUACUACAGUUUCCCAGACCCUGUAGUGCUCCAGGUGCAUGAGCAUUUAAAUUUUCAAGAUGAUGAUAAUACGGAUUUUGAGGACCAAAACACAGAAGAAUUCCUUUUACAAGAUACUUUCAAUUUUCUCUUCUCUAAUGAAUCUUCACUUCCAAUGUUUUCUGAGAUACUUCAGGGACUUUAUAGAUCAGGUGUUUUUAAGAGUGAAAACUAUCAGAAGGAACAAAACCAAUGCCUGUCUUUAGAGGAGAUGAACUCAAUUAUGACUUUCAUAAAGGAACUUGGGAACUUGGGGCAAUUCCAACUGCUCUUCCCAUCUACUACUCCUGGGAUUCGAUCUUUGAUGCGUGAAUUUUAUGAUAUGGCAAAACCUGUAGGACAACCUGGUUCAGUCCUGACUCAGUCCUGGUCUCUUUUAAAUGUAUUUGAACAGUUUCAGCUCCUGAAUAAAAAGGCACAGCUACAUCCACUGGAAUGGAAUUCUUUCACAGAGGAUGAGAACAUUGAAAAACCACAAGUGCCAUCUGAUGCAACUGGAAAUAAAAAAGCUGUUGUUCCACGAAUUAUGAAUGAUACCAAAGAAGUUCGCUGCAGUAACGAUGACACACAAUGUUUUAUCAAGCAGAUCCUCACACAUCCACAUUUGGAACUAAAUCCUGAAUUUAACCCGAAGAUCAAGGAUUACUACUCUGAAGUCCCAUUUGAUGUGGUCAUGGUGACAAUUGGAGCAGAGACUUCUAAGUGUCAGUGCAAGGUGUACCUGCAUGAUCGGGCAGGACCAAGCUUUGCCAACUAUCCUCUGGGUUUGGGAAUGAACAAAAUCUCAAUGCUGGUGGUGGAUGAAUCUCCAGCACAGGGGGAGACCUUGAUCACGUACAAACUCACCAUCUACAGAGAAGACCGUCCAAGUCUGCCCUUGUUUGAGGACUUCACAGCAUGUGGUUUUGUGCAGGAUUGUGGUUUGCUGAUUCACCCAGAGGAAACCUGUGGGUUACAGCCUAUUUCCUCUGACUACAUUGAAGCCAUUUCACAGCCCGAACUAAAGAUCUGUCCAUCUGGCGACACAACAGGCCAAUGGAUCGUGCCUUGCCUUAGCUGUUCAGACAACAGGACCUGCGACUGGAGAGAAAUAACUUGGCAACCCCACGACUGCCAGUAUGGUGUUCUCACUAAGCCCCAACUCCAGCAGUGCCUGGGAGGAAGGAAGAUUCUUUUCAUUGGAGAUUCAACCAACAGAGGGAUAAUGUACUACCUGAUCGAAAGACUGAAUGAAACCCUGCAGGAAUGGCAGAAGGUGCAUGGGACGAAAUUCUAUCACAACGUCAACGGUGGGAAGACUUUGAUCAGUUACUCCUACUAUCCCCAGUUCUGGAUAAGCCCUUCAUUGAGACCAACAUUUGAGAAAGCGCUCGAACAUCUCUUGCAAAGAUCCCGCCCCCUGGAGAACACGGGCCAGACGGUGUUGGUUGUUGGUGGUGUCCAGUGGCUCAAUUCCAAUCACCUACAGAUUAUUCACAAGGUUUUGAAGAGGGAAAAUUUACUCAAUAUCCUUGUGAUCAUCAAAACUUUGGGAAUUGGAUUUCAUCUCCCAGUGGAUGGAUUGCAUUUCUUGACACAGAGUGAAGUUCAGAACUUAUGGAAGGAAAAUGUGAUUAUUCUGGAUGCCGCAAAAACCUAUGGCUAUGAAGUGGUUGACACAUUUACUAUAACGAUGGGACGAUACAAGGAGUUUUUGCAAGGGACAUGCGGGUGCCAUUUUCAUGAGGUAGUGAAAUCAAAGCUAUCCAAAGAAUAUCACUUUAUUAAAAUGAAACAAUCAAGUAAUCACAUUGUGGGGAAAUAUUUCAGCAAUCAAAGCAAACUACAACGACGACGACAAGACUCUGUAACAAAUUUUCAGUCCCCCUAUCACGUCAGAGGUCCAAUUAAUCAGGUUUGCUCUGAAAUCCUUCUCAGCAGGAUGUGUGUGAGUGAAAGAACUGUGUAGACUCCCUGCAGGAGGCCUGAACUUGGAAUUGGAGGCAAGCCACUCACUCACCUGGGCAGUGGUCUAAGAACCAAAUCCUGUAUGUCACGUGUAUUUGGACCGACCGCACACCCAGGAACCUGGGCACACACAUACACACCAAC